AUGGAGAACGGAACAGCAACACAGGGUGAAGGCAGAGACCCCUCUGGUUUCUUGAGCGAAAUCAUCGGAAGCCAAGUGACCGUGAAGCUCAACAGUGGUGUCGUAUACAAGGGAGAGCUUCAAUCGGUAGAUGGUUAUAUGAACAUUGCGCUCGAGAAGACUGAGGAGCAUGUGAAUGGUGUCAAGAAGAGAAGUUAUGGUGACGCUUUCGUUCGGGGAAACAAUGUUAUGUAUAUCUCAGCGGAUUAA